AUGAGGAUUGACGCGAGCAUUGGCCAAUGGCAGCGCGGAUCCGUGAAUCGCUCUCCAAUCGGGAAGGCGGGCGAUGUGCUCGAACUCUAGGCGGGAGAAGAUGGCGGUGCGGCGGCAGCUGCAGGAGCUGGUGCGCGACUCGCAACUCAGCGGUGCCAUCGUGGUGGAGCGGCAGCCGUCGCCCGUAGCAGCAGCUCCGGGCCAGGUGUCGCCGCCUUCCUCGCCGCAGCCCGCGGGGCUGGCGUCGCUACCGCGGCGGCAGGAGCUGCUGCUGGAGCCCUGCGCCGUGUUCCAGUGCCGCGGCUGCUGGGCGGUGCUGAGCGACUCGCUGCAGCUGUGCACGCAUGAGGAGGGGCUGCUCGGCCUCCUCGUCUGCUACAGAGUCACAAAGGACGUGAUCUGGGAGGACUCGCUCACGAUCGGCCUGGAGGGACCCCUGCUCGGGUGUGCUUACAACACACUGACCUGUCAGUCGUGUGGCUUGAUCGUGGGCUUCAUUCUUUAUUCUGCCUCCAGGGAGCUGGCGUAUCUGAGAGGCUUCUUCUGUUUCUUCAAGGACAGCAUCCUCUGUUACCUCUUGAAAUCCCAAAUCGUAGUAGAAGCUUCAAAGAUAAUUUUUCCUCCUGAGACCUUAUGGGAACGACUGCAGAAACUAAAGGAAAAGCUUGUGGAGAGCCACACACGUGUAGAAACACUGAUGAAGAUGCUUAAGGAACUGGAGGAAAAAAACAAUGGGCAGAAAGGCAGAGCUCUGCAUCAGAUGCAGCUGGACUGCUGCCAGGAUAUGCAAUAGUCAGGGUCAGCUAAUAAUACACCAUUUCAAGAACUCCUGGAGUUGUUUCUGCAUGUC